GGAUGAACGACAUGCAGGGGACCUAUUGGUACAGAGUCGUAUGCGACGGUCGGUGUACCCAAGCUCGCCACUACAGCGCUGGAACAGCUCCGAGGCUGCUUGCCCAGAUGGCACUAGGGUGGUCAGUGGAUCAUUUGAAGGCAUCCUCGGGUUCCUCACCCGACCUCCCCGGAUGCGCUCCGGACAGCUAUGCAGGAAACGAGGAUACUUGCGAAUAAUCCUUUCGUAGUGAACAUCACCCUCCUGUCCAGCAUAAAUCCGCCAGAUACGAAGGCUAUGCGUGCGCAGCAGUCGAGGGCUUACGGAAUUCCGAGACUGCGGACAAUGUUACGUUGCAUUUGGACGUGAGCGCGUUCGACGCUACAUAUGCAAUAUACUGCACCUGCGCAUGGAUCUCGAGCGGUCAGUGAGGUUGUUAUUCAGUCUGUAACGCUUCUGCUCGCUCAAACGUCAAGCGGACUUGGCAAAGAGGAACAUGCCACUAUAUAAC